AUGGCAGGUGGAUAUUAUGCAUUUUCGCUGCCAGCGCCAGCUGCAGAUGGUACGAUAUCGUUGUUUCUAAUGCCGCUUGGUGCCACCAAUGCAACACUCAUGCAUACAAAAGACGUCCACAAUGUUUCCUUGACUAUUAGCCGAGAGAAUAAAGUGACCGAGUUGCAACAAACUAUGAAGGUUUGUACAAAAUAGCG